UGAGUGUGAAGUCAACCACGAGCCUGGGAGGACACGUGAGCGGAGCUGUGUUCUCGUUGGCCCAGUUAGCACAGCUGGCUGCACCUUCUGCCACAUUGCUGAACACCAAUUAACUUGAAGGCAACACUGCAGAUUAUUAUCUUGGUUCCCAGUGGUCCUCUAUUUGACAUGUGAUAAGUGAAGAAGUUUGCUUCAGUUAUCCUGUGCUUGCUGUCACCAUGUUGUUGCUCAGCAGAAGUGCCAACUGUCAAGUUGGGGGAUUUGCUUUGACCUCCAUAGCAUGGCUCCUUUGCAGCAUCUCCACAGGCCUCCCUCAGUGGCGAGUCUGGUACUUUAAUGAAACCAUGUUCUCCGAGCCUACCACAGCCUUCAUAGGGAUGUGGAAAGUCUGUUUUUACCACCAAAACAUCAAGCCUGGCAAUAUCAGAGGGUGUCAUGACUAUACCUACAAUGACAACUUUAUUCCUUUGGAUAUUCGUAUCAUUCAACAUUUGUUACUGGGCUCCAACAUUUUCGGGUUAAUUGGAACAGUUGCCAGCAUUUUUGCUCUUCGAAAUACGUACAUAGGGAAAGUGCAGAAGAAUAUCACCUACAAUCCAUUCGUCAUUUCAGCCAUUCUCAACAUCAUUACCAGUACCUUUGUUCUCCUUGCUGUCUUAUGCAAUUAUUUCUCUGUCAUUCACAAAACAGCAAUUACAUUUCCACCAUCUUUCCGUAUUCCUUUAUAUCCAUCUUAUCAGAGAAUUGGAAUUGCUAAUGUAGUAGCAAGUCUAGCUGCCCUCAUGUUUUUAGGUAGCAGCAUUAUUUUUCUGUCAUACACUUCUCUUGUGGAAAACCAAGUGUAUCCCGAAGUUUGAAAAUAAAUUUACAGUUUACAUCACCCUUCAAUUCCCAGGGAUUAUAGGAAGAAUUCUUUGUUUGUUAGUUGUUUAUUUUUUGUUUUUACAUCCCAAUCAUGGUUUCCCCUCCCUCCUCUCCUCCCAGUUCCUCCCUUCAUCUCCCCUUUUUCCCCACCACCCACCUGUCUCUCCUCCCAGUCCCUGCCAUACAACUUCCUGUCUCCCCACCCCCAUCCACUCCCCUUCCUUCAUUUCUCUAUGGAAAAAGGGUAGGACAGCAACCAGCCAUGGAAUGUCAAGUUAUAGCAAAUAUUCUUAAGAUAUUAACAUAAAUUUUCCAAGGACUCAAAACCACACCAGAAUAGCCUGUGACAGAAAACGGUCAAGUUGGCCUUCUAUUUUUGUCUUGUUUCAUCAUUUCAUUGGUUGGAUUAUGGGCUUUUGCUAAAUAAA